GAGAGAGAAGGGGGAGGGCAGAUACUAAAUGACAAUUACGAUUUAUUAGAAAUAAUGCAUCGCAGUUGCCCGGAGGCCAUUAAGCUUGCAAAAGAAACAAAUAUUUACUUGUGCUUUUAACCUCCAUGAUCUAAGGUUUAACCUCUAAGGCAAUUUUUUUAAUGAUCAUGCCACUUUAUCAAACAUUGCUGAUAGGUGGUACCCAUCAAUGAUUGUGAAUUUGAUGACGGAAUCGACCAGCCUUCUACAUCUUACCCAAGAGACAACACAGUCAACGCACAAGAAUUCCUGGCUUAUGAACGUUUCCUGGCCGGCACUGUACUUUAUUCUGAUGGCAGCGAGUCCGAUUCCGACGAUGAUGACGUCAGGCAAAAAGAACCAUCGAUGUCCUACCCAGCUGGCAAAGUCAAGAAGAGUCACGACUUCAUCGUCAUGGACGAGGAUACGUCGGCAAAAUCUCUUAUCACCCAGAUUAAGACACGCCCCGGGGGUGUGGCUUUUGAGGUUUCAAAUAACUUUUACCCAGUCACCGACGUGGCAGAAAUCAAGGUCAGCCGAGGGGGCGUGGCUUUCGAGAUUUCAACCGACCACUCUCCAGCUGCCCCUGCAGAGAGUAACGUACCACCAAAGAUCUCUCUACCGAGUCCACCAAUCACAAGCAUGAGUUGCACCCGUCACACCAAGGAAGGCGUGGCUUUUGAGAUCGACUUCAGUGAUAACGAGGAAGAGAAGCGACAACUCAAGACCCUGAGCAAAAUGACGUCACUCAUGGCUACAGAUGGGUGGAGCGAACGUGACGUCAUCAAAGAAGCUGAUGACGUUUGGGUGGCCAACAAAGUUCUUGCGAUGAAAGACAAUGCAAAGCAGAACGAGGAACGCCUGGCUUCUCUGAGGAAGGCUGAUCUAGAGUUUGACCUAAUGACAGCCACCAUGACAGAGUGGAACCUACAAGGUUUCCAUUACAUCCUGGUGAAGGAGUCUAGCGCUGAACAUAGUCUCGUUAGACAGGCGCAAUUCCAGGCCUGGAAGAAGAACCUAAGGGAGGGCUUCGGCUGAGCAAGGCGUUCCUUAUAAAGUAGUAGGACGGAGGAACACUUCAAGCUAGAGGUGGGCCUGAUGACAGCCAGUUAGCCACCAAACCAGAUGAGAAACUUCAAGGUUUUCAUUACCACCUGGUGAUAAAGACUAGACCAGAACAUAGUCUCCUUGUAUACAGGCGGAAACCUGGAAGCAGAAGUUGCGGGACCACAAGCAUUCAAACGAGCAUCACUGAACAGGCAGAGCUAGAUAUCGACAUCAUGGCAGCAAUUCUUGUGAGGAUUAAAGAAUCUAGUCCUGCUCAAAGAGUGCCAAUUAGUAGUCCAACGCCUAGGAAAAGAUCCCGGAAAGUAUAGUGCAUGCCUUCAAAACAACUGCUAAAGGCUUACAGGAGUCUUAUAAGUGAUAAU